AUGAUGAUGAUGAUGAGCUCACUGCAGCUGUUACAGUACGCUGAGUGUGAGGCUUCUGAGUGGGAGGAGCUCAACACGGUGAGCGUGGAUGGAUGUAGUCCUGCGCUUGGCUGGAGUAUCCAGGUGUGUUUGUGCGCUCAGGUACCCAUCGGCCUGCCUAACCGCACCACUCGUCUGUUUCUGAAUAAAAACCUGCUGACCUCUCUGGCGGCCGACGCGUUCUCCAGUCUGUUCCUGCUCGACGAGCUCGACCUGUCACAUAACCAGCUCUCCUCACUUGAAGACGGUUGCUUCCAUGGGUUGGACUCGCUUACUUUCUUGGACCUGUCGUACAACCGCCUGUCCACGCUGGAGCUGCCGGUGCUCGGCGGUCUGCAGAUUGAGGCCAACCUCACACAUAACCCCUGGCACUGUGACUGCAGGAUGCAGAUGUCCAUGCCUCAGUUGGAUCUGGACCCGACCUCACUAGCAGAAGUUGUCUGUGCAACCUCUGAUCUCCCAAACCUCGGAGCUGUCGGGAUACCACUGGUUGUGCUGACGGAGGACUGGGAUCUGUGUUUGUCUGUGAGGAGAACCACUGAUGUGGUGACACUCGUCACCAUGUUCCUCUGGCUCUUCAUGCUCAUCUGCUACCUGGCCUACUACGUCCGCCAGAACCAGGCGGUCACACGCCGAAACCUGGAGUACCUGAAGUUACUGGAGAGCAAAAAUCCUUAUAAACCCAAAAAGACAACUUCAUGAUGAGCCUGUCUAGAGUUACCCACAGCUUUUCCCUCAAAGACAUCCGUAAUGACUUCCAGAGCAAUUUCUUCGCCCACAGGUGCCCACGGGGCUCCGGGUACCUUCUGAUCAGUUGCUCCCCUCCAAAAGUUACAGAAGCACAUAAAGGACUCCUUAAUGAUGCAAUACCUCCCUGACAC